AUUAGGAGCGGGGCACGGCAGUGGGGACACAGCCCUGUCACACCUUCGUGGGACUGAGACCCACGCAACAGGGCAGAGCAUGAGUUUGGCCAGUCCACGGUGCCUCCACACUGGGGAAAAGCCCUCAGGGGAGCAAUGGGAGUCCCACAGCCAUGGGGAGCUGUCACAGCUUCCACAUCAGGGCGGCCCCACACGCAGUUGUCCCUUCCCCGGGUCACGCCCAGGUGGGACCCCAUGGAUGCACAGGCUCACCUGGCUCCCUGUCCCCUGCAGCAAACGGUGGCGGGACCACCGCCCACUGGCUGGAUGCCGACUACCUCUUCAGCAGCGAUGCUGCCCACCCCGACACCCGCAGCAUACACGAGAGUCUCAGUUACCUGGAGGGCAGAGCCACGGUCUUUCACUCCUGUUACCUCUCAGAGUGUGCGAGCACCGGAGCUGCAGAGAGGCCCGCGGUGACUCUGGGCCACUUCGUCCUGCCCCCUGCCUGCCUGCAUAAAGAAAUCAGAAGGAAAAUUGGCCGGUUUAUUUGGGAGAAGGCAGAUGACCUUGAAGAACAGCCCAGCGAAAAUCCCACAGAGGAACCAGAAGCAGCAACAAAUGGCUGUGAGGAAAAAUCAGAGGAGGAAGUGCUAGACCUGGCUGAGAGCAGUGAAGAAACAGACUCUGAAGCACCUGCCCAGGGAGAACUUCCAUAUCGUGCCCUCCAGGAAUACCCAGUAAAUAAUAUGGUGACAGGCUAUGCCUCUGCACGGGACAUGAAGAAAUAUGAGGGGGAACUCCAUGACUUUAUCCCUGGCACCUCGGGCUAUGCAGCGUACUGGGUUCAAAGCAAAUGCAGCAUUUACUGUGAGAAGACCAAAAUGAAGAGGAAAUGGUAAGGAACAGGUGGCUGGAGCAGCAAAAACUUCAAUGUAAGAGCUGCCAGAUGAUUUAUAAAUUAUGCAACUGCA